AUGUCGAAAUUCCUCUCAAAAACGGCCGUCCGGGCCGCUUCCACGACGAGUCCAUCGUCUCAAAUGACCAAGGCAGCGGGAGACAUCUCUUCUGUCUUUCCCAGUUUGAAACCGGAUUACCAGCCUGAGCCUUUGCCUCCAAGGUUCAAGGAUUUGAAAGCAGACUUGUUCGCGAAGAAUGAGGAUGCACUGAAGCAGAGCUGGCAGAGAUUGCUCCACAGCCUCGACGAGGAGGUGCAGAAGAUCAAGGCCAAAGGGAGCGAUAUUAUUCCAUCAGUAAACUACUCGGACAUCAUUUCAGGCAAUGUGUCUGAUGAGAUGCUCGCGGAGAUCCGCCACCGGGGAACGGUGGUGAUUCGCAACGUGAUAGACCGGGAUACAGCAUAUGGCUACCAGGAGAGAAUCAAAGACUACGCUGCAGCAAACAAAGAGCGCGUAAAGGCUUUCCCUCCAGACUCUCCCGCAGUCUAUGAGCUAUAUUGGACACGAUCGCAAGCCGAGGCGCGAUCCCAUCCAAACAUGUUGAACACACAGCAUUUCCUGCAGCGCCUGUGGCACUCAUCAGAUCCGAAUACCCAAAUCUCUACGAGAAACCCCCUGACAUAUGCGGACCGCCUCCGGAUCCGAGGACCCGGUGAUGGCAAGUUCACUCUCGGGCCUCAUAUCGACGGUGGCUCGCUUGAGCGCUGGGAAGACUCUGAAUACUCGCGGGUGUACACCAAGAUCCUCGAGGGGAAGUGGGAGGAAUACGACCCAUUUGACGCCAGGCACCGCGUGAAGGCCAACAUGGAUUUGUACAAUGGUGCUGGAGCAUGUUCCAUGUUGCGAUUCUUCCAGGGCUGGUUGUCCAUGUCCGAAACGGGCCCUAACGAGGGCUCGUUGCACGUCUGCCCCAUGCUCCGUCACAGCACAGCCUAUACUAUUCUGCGCCCCUUCUUCGAUGUCCAGUCUUCGCAACCCAAUAUCGACAACACCUUCCCCGGUUCCGUUCCCGGUACCUGCCAGGAAUACAACCCUGUUACACACCCACACCUCGACCUAGAAACGACAAUGGUGUCAGUUCCCCGUGUUGAGCCCGGCGAUUAUGUCGCAUGGCACUGCGACUCGCUGCACUCCGUCGACAAAGAACACCGCGGAGACAAGGAUUCCAGCGUGCUCUACAUCCCCGCCACUCCCAUGUGCGAGAUGAACGUGGACUAUCUUCUCAAGCAGCGCAAUGCGGCGCUCGCUUAUUCUCCCCCGUGGGAUUUCCCUGGUGCGGGUGGACCUGGUGAAGCUGACUUCCAGGGUGCUUUGGACUGGUCCUCUAUUAACACUGAGGGACAGCGCGCAAUGGGUAUUGGAAACCAGGGCUGGGAGAUUACCGAGGAUAUGAGCGAGGGUGAGAAGGAGGCUGUGCGGUAUGCUAACAAGGAGUGUUUUGGUGAGGCAUAA